UAUUACAUAUUAAAAUAAUAAUAUUAAAAAUGAAAUUUAUAUUCACAGCUACCAAUUUAUAAAAGUGGUGUAACGCAUGUCACCGUGAGUUUAUUAACAAAAUUAUUUUUGUGUUAAGAGAAGAAGCUAUGGAAGCCCAGAGGGACAUCUCUGUUUUGAUUUUAAGGCGACUAUUUAUUUGCAGCGGUACAAACCCCCCACCGUGUUGCCCUGGAGAGUAUCUUCUCUGAUGAUGCUAUUUAUUAAACUCCAUAAUUUUACACGUUCUUAUGGUUUUUUGUUUGUUUGUUUUACAGUUUUUGUUGUUAGUACAGUAUAAGUCAAGUUGCGCUGAUAAAUUUCCAGGGUUUUGAAACAACAUGGCGGCGUCCACUGUAACCGUCACAGCCGUCAGAUGCUCAGCGAAGAUUCUGUUAAACUACGCAACCUAUUGUCCAAGGAGGACUUAUCGUUUGUCAACCAUUUUACUUAGAAAAGGUCACACCAGUGUCAUGACAUGCAGUUCAUCAGCAUCAUCGUGUUCAUCUCAACCUCCAGCAGCAGAUGUUUCUCCCUCUGCUGCAAUUAUUGGACACUAUGAUCGUCUUGUUCAUUGUGGUUCCUUGAGUGAAGAUUCUCAGCAAAGACAUGUCCUGCAACAGCUGGCCAAGUUGCAAUCGAUCCUGAAAAACUACAGUAAUUACAAGUAUCUUAGCUCCUUGGUUGACUUUGAAGAUGUCACCUGUCAAUCUCCAAAAGACGAAGACCUUUGUAUUACCAGAGAAGGGAACACAAGAGGAGACUUGGCUGCUGCAGCACUUGAGGAGGAGCUUCAUCCACCACCACCAAAAGGCUUCUAUAUAUAUGGAGAUGUUGGCACAGGGAAAACCAUGCUCAUGGAUCUGUUUUAUUCUCAUGUGGAAAACACUAAAAAAAAGAGAGUUCACUUCAACGGCUUCAUGCUGGACAUUCACCAAAGGAUCCAUCGCAGGAAACAAAAGCUGCCAAAAAGAAGGCUAGGGAACAUGUUCACCUAUGACCCCAUAUCGCCAGUUGCCAUGGAGAUCAGCAGCGAAACCUGCCUGUUGUGUUUUGACGAGUUUCAGGUGACUGACGUUGCUGAUGCUAUGAUCCUGAAGCAGCUGUUUAAGACCCUGUUCGAAACUGGAGUGGUGGUGGUGGCCACCUCCAACAGACCUCCUGACGAUCUGUACAAAAACGGACUUCAGAGGGAUACCUUCCUACCUUUCAUGGACAUGCUGAAGGAACACUGCUACACCAUCAGUCUGAACAAUGGGACUGACUACAGGAUGCUGGUUAAGACUCCAUCAGGGAAACUUUACUUCCUCACGGAGGAGCCUGGUGCCGAGGCUUUUAUGGACAACCUGUUUGAGGAGCUGGCUUUGACACAAAAAUGCACAGUAGGUCCUAAGGUCCUGUCAGUGCUGGGCAGAGAUGUGAUUCUGAAGAAGACCUCUGGCUCCAUAGCAGACUGUUCAUUUGAGGAGCUCUGUGUCAGACCCCUGGGGUCCAGUGACUACCUUGAGAUUGCUCGGUUCUUUGACACCGUGUUCAUUCGCCACGUGCCGGUGCUGACAGUGACAGUGAAGGACCAGGCCAGACGCUUCAUCAACCUCAUAGACAACUUCUACGACAAAAAGGUGAGAGUGGUGCUGCUGGCAGCUGCUCCUCUACAGAGACUCUUCCUUCACUCUGGAGGUGAAGACCAGAGGGACCGACAGCUGCUGGAUGACCUGGGCCUCAGUGAGGAGGCAGCAGAGCGUCUGACUCUGUUCACAGCUGAGGAGGAGAUCUUUGCCUUCCAGAGGACUGUGUCCAGACUAGUGGAGAUGCAAACAGAAGCAUACUGGAUGGAGGGAGACCACCGUCGUCGUCGCUCAAAUCACACAUCAACACUUGACAUCUAAUCCUGACUGUUGGGAUAAUUACACACCUUCACACAACGCUGUACUUCACUAACUACUGACGCUGCACACGUCAAAUCUGCUGUUUAGCAGAAAACAGGAAAGAACAAGUCUACUCUGGGGAACAAGCUAUAAUUUACUCUAUUAUUAUACUAAUAUUUUCCAGAAAGGACUGGUGCCCACACAUGUUAAAAAUCUAAAUACUCAAUUCUAUUCCUUGUAUCUGUUUGGUCUUUUAUGCCUGGAUACAUUCAUUAUAUAUAGUAUAAGAAACUUAUAUUUCAAAGUUUAACGGGUGAUUAUAUCAAGGGUUAUUAGGCGGUGUUUCCUAACAGUUGUCUACCGCCCUCCUGCGGUCAUUGCAAGAGGAGAAAAUGUUAUUGAAGCUGCUUUUGUUAUUAAUAUAUAUAAUAUAAAUAUAAUAUAAAUUGUCCGAGGUUAUUCACUUUGAUGGACAGACAUUAGAAGGAAUUGGACACGUAGUGGAUAACAUCAAAGUAGAAGGACUUAAAUGAAAUCUGUAACUUGGAACUGUAUCAGCAGGUGUCUUUCUUGAAACAAUACUCAACCUAAUGGAUUGUCAGCUGUUGCAUCGUCUACCAUUUGAUAUUGUCCCAACUAGGAUAAGACAUUCAUUUAUGAGACAAUUAAUUGAUUGUUUUUUACAGUAGCCUGCACAGUAGUGAUAUAUAAAUCAUCCAAUAAUAAAAAUAACAAUA